AUGUCAUCAAAGUUCAAAAAAAAUUGGGAUAUCGGACCUAGACAAAUGCGCAGAAAAAUUGAAACUUUACGAAAAACUUUGCAUUCAAAUCGUACCGUACAAGACGCUUCUAUUGCCAGCACAUCUAGAGAAUUACAUGCCAUAGACUUGUCGCAAAGUAAUGGGCGACCUGUCGAAAAUGCUGCUAGAAGCAUUGGUGACGGCGUAUCAAGCGAGUUAUCUGAAAGCGGAUCAAACUUUGAUCAUCAGGAGCAGUCUGAUCUCGAAGUCGGUCCAGAUCCCCCUUCAAGUGAAGAUGGAACAGAUUCUAGAGAAAACGAAACAGAUAGCGACGAAAACGAAAGAGAUGACGUAGACAAUGAAGGCGAAGAAGAUCCUAAUGAAAACAUUGAAAUUGUUGAUGUCAUUCCUGAGGCUCCCCCAGAUCUGAGAUAUAAUUGUAUUAGAUCAUUAAAGAACGCAUUCUUGACCGCCAAUAUGUCCCAUGCACAGCAAAAAGUAAUAUUGAGAACCUUGCGCAGUGAGCCGUUUGGUUUAUUACACGUCCCAAAAGAUCCCAGGACAAUAAUGGCUACUCCUUCUACAGUAGUUCGCAAUCUUAUCCAAAAUGUUUCUGGAGGAAAGUAUGUACAUUUUGGUUUUGAAAACCUUGUAAUAGAAAAAUUACGUCUGCUGUCACCAUUAAAAAUUCCACAAUUAAUUUACAUUGAUUUUAGUACUGAUGGGGGUCAAGUUUUUAAAAGUGGUAGUCUUCAGUUUUGGCCUAUUCAAUUUAGACUGUUUAAUGUUUUUCCGAAACGACCACUGUUUGCCGGUGUUUUCGUCAGUGAUACUAAACCAUCGGAUCCCUUUGAAUUUUUCGACCAAUUUGUCGCUGAAAUUACAACGGUUACUGAAAACGGUGGAAUCAAUUUUCAGAAUAGACUAAUACCUGUUCAUAUUCGAUGCUUUAUUGCCGACGCUCCCGCGCGAGCCUUUGCGUUAAAUCAUUUUGGUCAUAUGUCCUGUGAUGCUUGUUCCAAAUGUUCGGUUGAGGGCAAUGGACACUUAGGUCCUACCGUAUUUCUUGGCGUUGAACAUAACCCUAGAACCGAUGAAAAUUACCGAAAUCUCGUUUACGAUGGUCAUCAAAAAGGUUCUAGUCCAUUAUCUGCAAUCAUGGGCCUAGUAACUCAAGUGCCAUUCGAGUGCAUGCACUUGAUUUAUUUGGGAGUAACAAAAAAAAUAUUAUCUGCGAUUUUGGAGGGCAAAUACGCUCAUACUCGAUUAAACGCGAGAAAAAUAAAUAUUCUUAAUGCCAGAAUGCAAAUAAUAAGAGACUAUUGUUCGUCUGACUUCGGACGACGCCCAGCUCCCCUUUCAAAAUAUAGCCGUUUUAAAGCGACAGAGUUUAGACAGUUUUUACUCUACACAGCUUGUGCUGUUUUACAGAACGUGAUUUCGGAUGAAUGUUACCGGCAUUUCAUGCUUCUGAGUUGUGUCACUAGAUUACUCAGCUUUGUUGAGAUUGAAGAAGAACAUUUCGUAUUCUGUGAAAAUGCUUUAAAAUCUUUUGUACAAAUGGCGAAAAUAUUGUAUGGGGAACAAUUUCUUUCAUACAACAUACAUGGCUUAUUACAUGUUGUUGAAGAUGUAAGAAAGUUUGGAAGAAUAGAGUCAUACAGUGCAUUUUGCUUUGAAAAUAACAUGCGAGAAAUAACUAAAAAUAUAAGGAAACCAGAAAAAGUUUUGGAGCAAUACUAUAAAAGGGUUAAAGAGCCAAUGGAAGAAAUGAAUAGAAAAAAACUAAAGCGAAUGAUGCCAUCGACAUCAAGAGGUCGAGUUCCCCUUAAAAAUCCAAAGUACAUUGAUUCUUCUGAAUCUGAUUCUCGCAGCAUAUGUCCCAGUAAGAAAGGCCUUCUCGAAGAAUGGUCCACAUUGCGGAUUUUGGCAGAGACAAAAAAGUCUUCAAACAAAAAUAUUUUACAAAAAAAGGCCAUAAAUGAAAAGAAAGAAAAGGCUAUACUUGAGUUUGAUUUUGAUUCCAACAAAUAUAUACCUGAAACUGAAGAGACUGACCAAGAAAAUGACGUGCUGCAGAAAGUAUGGGAGUUAUUGCAAGACAGCAAUGAAAGAAUAAGGAACAUCGAAAAACGAGUUACUAAUAAUGAGAACUGUCUUCGGGAAAUAAACGAAAAAAUGUUGGCAUUGGAAGAAAAAAUAGACCAUUCAAAACCAUCACAAUUGGUCACAGUAGCAGUUGAAGGUUUCCCAUUAAAAACGAUUGAAGAGUUUGAAGAAAUGGAGAAACCAGAAAACGAUUCAAAAAGAUCAGAAAUGGCUUCGCGGUUGGCUGUAAUUGGGGCAGAAAAGCUACGAAACUUUGCAUACCUCAUGGUAGAAGAGUGCAUGGCUGAUGAGCUAGUUGAAAAAUUUAGUUGGUGUGGCAAUAGGGGCAAUAAAAUGCUAUUUAAGACACAAUUGUGUGCCAUGUUCCUGGAUGCUGCCCAGGAAUGUAACCGAUUUAGUGGCCCAGCGAAUUACGCUGAGCUAAAACUUCACAUCGACGAAGUUUUUAGAUCCAUAAAACAAAGAAUAAAAAAGACCAAAGAAGAGGAAAUAAUAAUUGAAGUAAGAGAUCAAACGGUAGAAGAUGAGGUAGAAUAUGAGGUAGAAGAUGAGGUAGAAGAUGAGUUAGAAGAUGAGGUAGAAGAUGAGGUAGAAUCUUGCAAUAAUGAAGGCUCUUACGUCUUAAAUUUUUUGAGGAAAUAUAAAAGCGGUUUCCGCUUUCCGGACUUGCAAGAUAUUUCGACUGUUUCCAGAGAAGAUAUAGUUUCGAAAAUACCGAAGCAGCACCAGAUGCAGCACCAGGAACUUCAAGGAUGAUCAGUGGAAUAA